GAAAAAGAAGUGAUUUUGAAAACGUAGUCCGCGACUGUGCCACUCUCUCUCUCUCUCUCUCUCUCUCUCUCUCUUCCCCCGUCCGGCUCUCUCUGCGACUUAACUUUUCAAAUUUGAUUUUCGAAAAAGAAGAUAAAUCGGAGAAGAAGAGGAUGUACGAGGCACAGAAUUUCCUGGAAUCGCAAGAUAAUUCAAGUAAUUUUGCCCAGGACCUAAAAUCGUGGCUUUCAGGGGAUGCCAACUCGUCCCCAACUCAGUCCUCACUCGCUCAUUCUUCCACCACCACCACCCACAACAGCAAUGUCGAUCGCGUCCUCUUCAAAGACCUCGUCGAGAUCGUCCCUCUCGUUCAGUCCCUCAUCGAUCGGAAAGCAAGCAGUUCGUUUACGCGGCGUGGUUCGGUGACCUACACCAAGACACCUUCUAGAGAAUCCUUAUCCAAAAAAGUAACUGAACAAAAAGGGAGGAAUCCAGCUCAAUCCAUUCCCACAAGAAAGAAGAGGGAUCAUGGAGACAAGGACCCCAGCACGAAUGCUAGCAAUAACCCUGAUUCUGACAUCUUUUCUAGUUUUUCCCCAAGAACUUCGGCGGAGCAAGAAGAGUUGGAUGCAUUAAGGGUACAAGUGGAUGAUCUACAAAGAAAAGUAUCAGAGAAGGAGGAACUUUUAAAGUCAUUGGAGAUAUCAAAGGACCAAAUGAAAGUUAUUCAAGCAAAACUUGACGAAAUGAAGCACCAAGUUUCAGAAAAGGAUGCGUUAAUCAAGGCUGCUAAGCUACAACUCUCUGAUGCAAAGAUUAAGCUUGCAGAUAAGCAAGCUGCUUUGGAAAAGUUACAGUGGGAAGCAAUGACAUCUAACAGGAAAGUGGAGAAGCUUCAAGAGGAGCUAGACUCCUUGCAAGGACAGAUUUCAUCGUUUAUGUUCCUAUUUGAAGGCUUGAUGAAAGUGGAUGCCAUUGUAUACGGUGAAGAUUAUGAUAUUUCACAGUGCACUGUGGAUCAUCUUCCUCGUAUCGAUGAUUUGGAUGAGACGCAGAUGCGGAAAAUGGAAGAAGCUAGAAAAGCUUACAUCACUGCUGUUGCCGCUGCAAAAGAAAAGCAAGAUGAAGAAUCUAUUGCUGCUGCAGCCAGUGCAAGGUUACAUCUUCAAUCAUUGGUUCUCUAAACCAAAAGUGGAGAAUUAACAGACCCCUACUGAAGAAUUCUCAUGCUAGCUCCACUAGGUUUGACUAGUUUUGCAAUGUGGUAGUAUCCAUGAAUUGUUGUUGAUUGUUGUAUAUUUUAUAUUUCAUUCCUCGUUUUUGGCUGGGCUAUGUGAAAAUGUGAUUCGUUUUCUUUUUCUUUUAGGAUAAAUAGACUAUGGAAAUGGUUGUUGAUAAUGGUAUCUAAUUUCUCCCAUGAUCAAA